AUGAAAUUUCUCUUCCUCUCUUCCUUGAUUUCCCUUGCUGGAUCUGCUUCAGCGGCAAGCCUGAGUUGUCCGGACGCCUCUCGCUUUGGUGUGCCGACAGUCACACCUACCACGGUGAAAGCUGGCGACUCUAUUUCAGUCUUUGUAGACCUCACCUGCGGAGUGAAGAACUUCGGCUUCAUCCCUCAGUUCCUUGAUUACUCCAUUGAGGUUCCAGCUAACGAAAACAAUGGAUUCGAACAACCGAUUAUUCUUGCACGUCGUACCAUUGCGUCUGGUACACUAUCUGACUCGUUCACGACUACAGUUCCCCAUGCCUUCUAUUUUGCCAAUGCGGCUUACAACAUCAUUGUGGGAAAUAUAUAUAACAUAAAUGGAACUGACGGAAGCCCUGUGCUUGUGAAGGGAGACGUGUUUAUUCCUAUUACUAUCGAAGUUUAG